UUAAAAUUGUGAGCAUUAGCGUGACAACAUCGCAAACCUUGGCACUAAUAUAAAAUUGAACGUUUUAGUGUUUUUGUUGUUUUGUUGAGUUAUCCUGCUGGUGCGCAUAUUUGCCACGCAAAAAUAAUACAGUGACAACGAAACGGUUCUGAAUGAAUCUGCACCAAAAGCAUGAUUUCGUAAAAAUUCCUAAUAAAUUUGAUCAUGAUUUAAAUGAUGGGCUGUAACUCGUCCAUGGAUACAAACAGUGUUUUAAAUGAACCCCUGGGAGGUGCAGGCGCUGUAAGCGGACUGAAUCUGCCACCCUCACAGUGGCCUUUGACGCAAACGAAUCACGCGGAAGUUGUGUGCGAAUUUGUGCGACUGGACGAGACCAUCGGUAAGUUGGAGGGAGCAUGCCCUGGGCCAAGACUGGCCACAUGUGAGGCCUGGAUAGAACAUUUACAAACUCGUCGAAAUGAGUUGCUCGGCUUGGACACGGUACAACUAAAGUCGCCAAACGCAGGAAAUGGCACCACAGCCCCUGUCACUGCGUUCGACCAACCCCCCACAGUAUUGCCUUCGCACAUUAUGGACGACAAUCAUCGAGAAAUGUAUAUUGACGGCUUUACAGCCGAGCAAGCAUUGCCCUAUAACAACAAUAAUGCAGUGGCCAUUCGAGCCAGUGGAGGUGAUAAUUCGAUUGGCCAACAACCAUCUAAUGGCUUUCUUCCGCUUCCUGCAAAACGCAUGUCAAGCCAAGGUGCCGCAGCUAGCAAUGGUGGUGGUGGUGGUGGUGGUGGUAGUGUUGUGACUGCUGGCAAUGGCAACAUGGGCAAGGGCGAUGGUGGUGCCAUAGGCAAUGGUGUGCCUCGUCUAUUUCCUUCGAAUAAUUUGGUGACAAAAACGCCUUCACAGGAUUUAGUUAAUCUAGCUUUAAACUUAGGCGUAGUUGUUGAUCUAAACAAGGCUUCCACCCAUGAAGAUUUUUUCGCACAGCUAAGUGAAUCUGCAUUACAUCUGAUGGGGCUUCGUUGUUAUACGGAAAUAUUGGAACACACCAAAGUGAGACUGAAAACACUUAUGGAGAGUUAUGCGGAAUUGAAUGAGUUGUAUGUGCAUCACGAUGGAAUAAUAGCCUUCAUUAGUGGUGGUACAUACAUGAGUCGUUUAGAGGAACGUCUGGACUCCCAGUUGGAAGUGGCACGUGAUGUCCGAGACAAAUUAGGCAGUACACUGGAACAAUGGCGCAUAUGUGGCCUAUUGCUAAGGGCGUGUGCCAAUUCCGCUACACAAAGCCUCAAACAGUGGCGAAAAGUUAAGACCAUAAUUAAUCCAAAGGAGAAAAUUGAAACCGCUCUUGCCUGUCGCAAAGAUCUGCAAGCCUCCUUGGUGUCACUCGAAUGCGCCCAGUUGUCUUUACCUCACGUCGAAAUCAAAUACACCAGCAAUAGACAAAUUCUCGCUGUAAAACAUUGCAACACCUACAUGAUAACUGACAUCGCUAAUAUGGCCCGCUAUGAACACACAUCAAAGGUUUUCAUUGCCUACGAAUCAAAUGUAUCGAAGGCAUCAACAUGGCUGUAUGAGACUUUCAAUAAAACGCUUAGACCUGAUUUCGAAAGAGCUGAAGAGCGAGUGAAAGAUUUGGCCAAAACCUUGAGAGAUCACCGAGAGGAAAUUUUCACAUUUGCUAGAAAAUAGUAAAGAUUGCAGAUUG